AUGUCGACACCAGAAAAGAACCAAGGCGUCUUUUCUCUCGAGGAUGAGAAGCUCUCUACCGAGCACAUCGAAGUCGCCCCCAGCGCCACUAACUAUGACGGUGCCGAAAAGGGCCUGCCUGCCAGAAAGAAGAGGACGGCCAACAACCAGAUCGACGAUGCUGCCCGACUACUAGAGGAAGCAGGUGGUCAUGUCGACUAUACUACUGAGGACAACAAGCGAAUCUUGCGCAAGAUUGAUCUUUUUGUCUGCUUGCCCAUGUGUCUAGUCUACUUUAUCCAGCAGCUGGACAAGUCUGCGGUAUCCUACGCGGCUGUCUUUGACCUGAGGACGGAAGCCAAUCUCCACGGCUCAGAGUACAGUUGGCUUUCCUCUGUUGUGUACUGCGCGCAACUUGUCUGUCAACCAUUAUCCUCCUACGCGCUCAUCGUCUUGCCUGUCAAGUACUGGGUUAUCUUCAACAUGACUGCUUGGAGUAUCGUCACCAUGUGCACCGGCGCUGCCAAAAAUUUUACCGGCCUCCUCCUCGCCCGAAUGUUCUUGGGCGUAUUCGAAGCCACCAUCAUGCCCUCCUUCAUCCUCAUCACCCAGAUGUGGUGGGUCCGUCGUGAGCAAUCCUACCGCACUGUCGCCUACCAAAUCUCCAACUCUUUCGCCGCCAUCCUCGGUCCCCUCCUGGCGUACGCUAUCGGUAAAGCCGUCGAAGGCUCAACCACCGUCAAGCCUUACCAAGGCAUCUUCAUCUUCAUGGGCGGUAUUUCGCUCGCUUUGGUGCCGUUUGUAUGGUUCAUGAUGCCCAACUCGCCCACUACUGCCAAGUUCUUGCGUGGCGGUAAUGACAGGCUCAUCGCCAUCCAUCGGCUCAAGGACAACAACACUGGUACCAAAGCGUCCAAGUUCAAGUGGGACCAGUUCUGGGAGACGUACAAGGAUCCCAAGACUUAUAUGUGGGCUGCUAUGUGGUUGCUGUGUGCUAUUCCCAGUGGUGGUAUCGGUGCUUUCGGAGGUCUCAUUACCAAGGGCUUUGGCUUUGACACAUUCACCACUAUCCUGCUUCAAAUGCCUCCCGGCGGUAUCGGCAUCAUCACCAUCCUCGUCGGUAUCUACGUCACCAACAAGAUCAAGAUGCGAUGGCCUGUCAUCGCUACCAUCUGCAUCUUUCCCAUCGCCGGUGCUUGCGCCCUAACCCAAGUGCCAAACAGCAAGACUGGGGCUUUGAUGGCUAGUUAUUAUGUCGCUUAUCUUUUAUCGGCUAUUCAACCGUUGUUGGUCAGCUGGUGCAAUCUGAAUUGUGCGGGUACGACCAAACGAGUAUUGACAACCGCCACCAUGUUCGGUGCCCUCACUGUCGGUAACAUCGUCGGCCCCCAAGUCUAUCUCGACCGCGAAAGUCCCAAGUACCACACCGGUCUCUACGUCGACAUCGCCUGCUGGUGCCUCCUCCUCCUACUCGUCAUCACUAUGGGCUUCUACCUCAAAGUCCUGAACCGCCGACAAGAAGCCCGCCGUGUCGCCUUGGGCAUGCCGGCCAACUUGAAGGAUGUGUCGAUCAUGAACACUGAGGAGGCGGACAGGUAUAGGGCAGAGUUGAAGGAGAUGAUGAGGGCGAGGGGGCAGGGGACCGGAACAGGGCAGGGGGAGCUGAAUGAGGGUGCUUUCGAUGACAUGACAGACUUUGAGUGA